UGAGGACCCUAAUCGUUCUCCUGUCUAGGUCUGGGCGCCCUGGCAGUAUCCCAGCCCACAUACAACCAUGACAUUUUCUUCAAACAUAAACUUCAUUCUGCAUCGGCCGUCGCGCAGAUUAUCAAGGGUCGCCUUAUCUGCUGCAUACAGCAGGGCGGAUAAGCGAAAGCAUGCUACUGCUGGCGCCUCCCUUCUUUCUUUUCCACCUUUUUCUCUUACUCCCAUCCCGACCCCCAUUACUAACCUUCCUUCUAUAAUUCCCAGCUUAAUUGACAGCAACCGAAGUGCUACUGGAGUAGAACCAUCUGCAGCCACCAUCCCACAGCACCUAUCGGACGCCUAUCGGCAAAAGUCUCUUAUAAGGCCACGCUGUCCCGUUUCCAUGGCGACAUUCAACGUCCGCACUCUAAGACAAACAGGUCAGCAGGCUGCACUCGCACGCACCUUGGACACACUGGGUGUUGAU